CUGUUGUGCUAUAUCGUAUACUACUAUGCCUCUCGCUUUGACACUGCUUUCGUAUUCUUUUGACGAUAGCUUUAGUUUUUCCCUCUCUCUAGAAGAAAAACAACAUAGCGAGCGAACAGAGAAAAUCGAAUAUUCACAAAUCCCUUCAUAUAAAUACAACACCGCCACCACAAAGAGUGUAAGACGACUCAACAACCAACUUUGAAAGAAAAAAAAAACUCCAAACAAACAAUAUUUCUUUCUCUUUCUCUCUAAUAUUAUUAUGCCACAGAUGGAUUUGGAAACGCUGGUUUCCGCCUGCGCCGGCGGUUGCUCCGACCAGAAAAUCGCCUGCGAGCCUCACGCCGACGAGGGAGACCACGGCGGCCGCCUUCCGGACUCGCCGCCGGAGUCGUUUUGGCUCUCCGGCGACGCCGAGUACGACUGGUGGGACCGCAACGCCGUUUACGAGCGAAACGAAUCGACGAAAGGAAACUCAAUUAUUUCCUCAACGAACCUUAACUCAAACUCCAACAACAAUUCUCAGCGAUUCUCGAAGAACUUGAAGUCCAAAGCCGCGAUUAUCGGCUUGCCGAAGCCGCAGAAGGCUACCUUCGCCGACGCCAAGAGCCGCCGCAACCAUCGGCCGCCGGGAAACGCCAGGCUAUUCCCGAAGCGGAGCGCGUCGGUCGGCGGAAAAUUGGAAGGCUCCGUCGUCGAACCGUCGUCGCCGAAGGUCUCGUGCAUAGGGAGAGUGAGAUCCAAGCGUGACAGAAAUCGGAGAUUAAGAACACGCCAGAGAUCAAUCUCCUCCUCCACGGCCACUGCCGCCACCACCGGUUCAAUCUCCUCCGCCGUCACGAGGCAAAAAUCGACGCGGAGCCAGAGGAAGAAAACCGGUUUCUUCGAAAGCGUUCGCGCGAUUUUCCGGCACGGUCGCAGAGGCAAACCGGUUCAGAAACCGGAUCUUCCGCAGGAAGAUUCGUCGUCGUCGAAGAUGAAGAAGAAGAGAAGUUACGGUAAGAAAGCACGGGGAAGCACCACUAGCAGCACAACGAAUCGAAACGACGCGUCGUUUGAAGAAUCGUUUUCGAGUGCAGCACCACCUCCCGGUUUGGGUUCGGUGAACCGGUUCGCGUCUGGGAGAAGGUCUGAGUCGUGGGGAGUGGGUGACUCGGAAAUCCGCGUGUUGCAUUAGGAUUUGUUUUUUUACCGCGCCUUGCAAUUUUGGUGACGGCUAUGGUGGGCCCCACUUUGAAUAGUGGUUAGACGGGUGACUUGAACAACGGUCUCCAAAAAAAAAAAAAAUGGAUAUAGUAGUGACAGUACUAUGGCUUUUGUAGUGUGUAUGUAAGGUUGGUAAAGUGUAGUUUUCUUUUGAAACGUGAUUGAAUUUGCUGCUUCCUGUGUUUAUUUUUUGUCCCUUUCUGUUUCGGCGAUAACAACAGCGUUUUGUAGAUAUGAUUCAUGUGAUUUGUUGC